AUGCUAUGGCGGCAUUUGGAGCCGCUGAGGAAGAAGCGAGCCCUAGCGGCAGCGGCCGUGGACAUUCUUGCGCAGCGCAAUCCGGCGCCCAGAUCUUUGCCGCCAUGGCCGGAUCACGGCGGCGACCACGGCGGCGAUCGCCAGCAGCCUCGCGCCCAGGUGAAUGUCAUCCACAUCUUCGCGUCUCUCCUCCGGAAAUGCGACUCCCCAGCGGCGCUGGAGCACGGCAAGCGCAUCCACGCACAGCUGAUCGCGGCGUGCCCCCAAAAUCUCUCCCAGAAUCUCUCCCUGGCAGUGCUGCUCAUCAGAAUGUAUGGCAAGUGUGGCAGCCCCGGCGAUGCCAAGGCCGUCUUCGACGAUCUGUGCGGCAAGGACGGGAGAUUGGCAAGAGAGAUCUCGCUCUGGAACAGCCUCCUCACGGGAUUCGUCCACAAUCGCAAGAACAAGGAGGCGCUGAGGGUCUACAAGGAGCUGUGUGAUCGCGGCAAGGAUCUAGAUCUAGAGCCAAGCGCCGGGACAUUGGUCCAGGCGCUGGUGGCGUGCUCUAGCCUGCGUGAUCUCGGCACUGGCAAGGCGAUCCACUCGCGGGCGAUCGCGCUGGGCUGCGAUCGCCAGGUUGCCGUGGGCACGACGCUCAUCGACAUGUAUGCCAAGUGUGGAUGCAUCGAGGACGCGCGGCGGAUCUUCGAGAAGAUGGAGUCGCGGACGCUGGCGACCUGGAACGCGAUGCUCGCUUGCUAUGCCCAGAAUGGGCAUCUGGAGGAGACGAUGGGGCUCUACCGGAGGAUGGCGAUCGAGGGCGUCGCCGGCGGCGCGGAUGCGUGCACGCUCUCGAUCGUCCUCAGCGUUUGCAAGCUCGGGGAUGCGCGCCAGAUCCACGCGCGCGCGAUCGUGAGUGGAUUGGAAUCCCACGCGGUCGUGGGCACCGCGCUGGUUCGAUCGUAUGGGCGAUGGGGGAGCGUGGGCGAGGCGAUGGCCGCGUUUGAUCGAGUGGAGAGCAAGGAUGUGGUGUGCUGGACGGCGAUCAUGGCCGUGCUGGUCGCCCGGGGAUUGCCCGAUCGAGCAGUGGAGCUCUACCGGGGCGCGAUUGCGCGGGGCGUGGAGCCGGAUUGCUACACUCUCUCCACGAUCUUGGGCGCUUGCCGGGAUCUAGAGACCGGGCAGGAGAUCCAUCGCGUGGCCGCGGCUAGGGCUUGCGAUCGCGAUGCCGUCGUGGGCACGGCGCUGGUCGCGAUGUAUGGGCGAUGCAAAAGGAUCGACGAGGCCAAGAGGGCGUUCGAUCGGAUCCAGGGAAAGAAUGUGGUGUCCUGGAACGCGAUUCUAGCGGCGUAUGCCGAGGCCGGAUUGGAUGCCGGGGUGUUGGAGCUCUUGGAUUCGAUCGAUGUGGUGCCGGAUGUGCUCGUCUUCUCCAAAGCCCUAGCGGCGUGUGCCAGUCUCGGGGAUCUUGCCGUGGGGCGGCGGCUCCACGACUGGAUUGUCGUCCAGGAGCUGGAAUCCGAGACCACGGUGGAGAAUGGAUUGAUCAGCAUGUAUGCGCGGUGUGGGAGCUGGGAUCGCGCAAAAGCAGUGUUUGCUCGGCGCGCUAGGGACGAUCCGGUGUCCUGGAACGCGAUAAUCUCCGCGGCGGCGCGAUUCAAUCAGCUGGAUCUGGUGCUGGACCUUCUCCGGGAGAUGAGCGGCGAUGGCGUCGGCGCGGGCGAGAUCACAUUCACGAGUGUCUUGCACGCUUGCGCCCACGCCGGCGUGGCGGUGGAGGGCGUGGAGAUCUUCAAGCUCGUGGAGGAAUUUGGCUGCGAGGCGAUUCCGGAUCACUUCCACUGCCUGAUCGAUUUGUUUGGGCGGCUGGGGAUGAUGGAGGAGGCCGAGGCGCUCAUCGAUGGGAUGCCAUUCGAGCCGGAUCUGGUGGCGUGGACGAGCUUGGCUGGGGCUUGCAAGCUCCACCGGGAUCUCGAUCGCGCGGCUCGCUGCGCUGAGAAUGUGGCGGCGCUCAACACGCGAAUCUCUGGGCCUUUUGUUCUUCUUUGCAGCAUCUGGAACGAUCCCGACGAAGAGAUUCUCUCUUGAGGCGCGCUUGCGAGUUUAAAAUGGCCAUAAACCCUAUUUUCUUUUUGCAUUUGCGGGGAGAAAGGAAGAAGAUGGGAGCGAGGCUGUCAGCUGGUAAUGCUGCUUCUUCCCAGCGAAUUUCUGGAAUCGCCUUGCAGGAUCAAGCGCCGACGCUCAAGAGUCGACCGAUCGAGGCAGCGACAUCGACAGGAAGAAGAUCUCAACUGGUAAUGCCGCUUCUUCGCAGCGAAUUUCUGGAAUCGCCUUGCAGGAUCAAGCGCCGACGGUCAAGAAUCCACCGAUCGAGGCAGCGACGUCGACAAGUCAACUGGAUCAAGCGCCAACUCUCAAGAAUCGACCGAUCGAGACAGCGGCAUCGAAA